GCUGCCCUGUGUCACCCACUACCGGCACAUCCCGGCUGCGUUACGAACCGCGGGCCGGAAUCUGAGACAGCGAGGGAAGGCGCCCGCCCCGCACUUCGCCGCUCUCCGCCCGCAAUCGCCCGGGACACCCGCCGCGACACCGACACCGACACCGACACGGGCCGCCGCCGCCGCGCCAUGGCGCUCGCAAGGCAAGUGCUUUGUGUGUGUGCUUUGCUGGGGCUGCCGCUCGCUGGCGCCGAGCCCAUCCGCUACUCCGUAGCCGAGGAGGCGGAAAGCGGCUCCCUGGUGGGCGAGCUGGCCGAGGACGCGGGGCUGACGCCGGCGCAGCUCUCGGCUCGCCGCGCCCGCCUGGUCUCGGAGGACGGCCGCCAGCAUUUUCGCUUGGAGCGCUCUUCCGGCCGCCUCGUCGUGGCAGGGAGGCUGGACCGGGAGCAGCUGUGCGCCCAGUCCGACACCUGCAUGCUCCCAUUCGAGCUGCUGCUUUCCGACCCCCUGCAGUUCUUUCGGGUCGAGGUGACUGUGAAGGAUAUCAAUGACCACUCGCCAAUUUUCCCCGAGGAACGAGUCAGUUUUAAGAUCCUGGAACGGAGCGACCCGGGCUCUCGUUUCCCACUGGAGGUGGCUCAGGACUUAGAUAUUGGCAGCAACACAGUCCAGGAGUACAGCAUUUCUCCCGAGAAUGAGUACUUUAGUGUCUCCUAUGGAAGUGGGACUAAUGAUGACAAAUACCUUGAACUUGUUUUGGAAAAGUCGAUAGAUAGAGAGGAGCAUACAGAGAUAAGUUUCAGUGUUAUUGCAAUGGAUGGGGGCUCUCCUCCAAGGAGUGGGACCAUCGAGAUAUCUAUUAUCGUUCUAGACGUGAAUGACAAUGCUCCCAUAUUCACACAAGAGCGUUACACUGGGAAGGUUUUAGAAAACAUGCCAGAAGGCUCUGUGGUGCUGACUGUGCUGGCAACUGACCCGGAUGCAGGAGUUAAUGGGGACGUUUCCUAUCAAAUCAGCCAGGCAGGGGUUCAGAGUGAGUCAGCAUUUGUGAUUGAUCCCAUAACUGGUGAAAUUAAACUCACAAAACCUUUGGACUUUGAGGCAGCACAGCAUCAUGAAAUCCGUGUGAGGGCAACAGAUGGUGGAGGGCUAUCAGCAAUCUGCAAGGUGUUGGUGGAGGUGGUGGAUGUGAAUGACAAUGCCCCAGAGCUGGUGGUCAGUUCCUUCAGCAGUCCCCUCCCCGAGAACACAGUGCCCGGCACGGUGGUUGCCCUGUUUACGGUCAGGGACCGGGAUUCUGGUGCCAACGGGAAGAUCUCCUGUGCCCUGCAGGAUCAGCUCUUCUUCUCCCUGCGGCCAGCCUACAAGAAUUACUAUGAGCUGGUGACGGUGAGCGUGCUGGACCGCGAGGAGACGCCUCAGUACAUCCUCAGUGUGACGGCAGCAGAUGCGGGCUCGCCUCCUCUCACCAGCACGCACACCUUCACCAUGGACAUCUCCGACGUCAAUGACAAUGCCCCCGUCUUCAACCAGACCUCCUACACAAUGUACGUGCGUGAGAACAACGUGCCCACGGUGUUUGUGGGAGCCGUGAGCGCUGCAGAUGCUGACAUGGGGCUGAAUGCCAAGGUGACCUAUUCCCUGGCAGCAGAGCAAGGGCCAGAGCGGGCCUGGUGCUCCUGCAUCUCGGUGAACUCAGAGAAGGGACACGUGUUUGUGCUGCGGCCCCUGGACUACGAGCGCUUGAGGCAGACCGAGGUGAGGGUCAGUGCCUCUGACGCGGGCUCUCCUCCACUGAGAGCCAACGUCACCGUGCGCCUGGUGGUGCUGGACGAGAACGACAACGCCCCGCUCGUGCUCUACCCGGCCCAGGAGAGCGGCCCGGCCUCCAGUGAGCUGGUGCCCGUGUCGGCUGAGGCGGGCUACCUCAUCAGCAAAGUGGUGGCCGUCGAUGCCGACUCGGGACAGAACUCGUGGCUCUCCUACCACCUGCUCAGGGCCACCGACCCAGGCCUGUUUUCCGUGGGCCUGCAAAGCGGCGAGGUGCGUCUCAGGAGGCCGGUGACAGAGAGAGACAGCGUCAAGCAGAAGCUGGUGGUGCUGGUCAGAGACAACGGCAAGCCCCCGCUGUCAGCCACGGCAGCUCUCAGCGCUCUCCUGCUCAAGGACUUCUCCGAUGUGCGCCUCCCGCACAGCAGCCCGGCCAGCGAGGAUCAGGCCUCCUCCCUGACCACCUAUUUAAUCAUUGCCUUGGUCUUUGUCUCCCUCCUCUUCCUCAUCUCCACAGCAGUGCUGCUGGCUUGCAAGGCGUGCAGGCGGAAGGAGCUGAAGGCUGGCCCUGUGCUCUAUGCUGCCGACACCUUGCAGAGCGGCCUGGCCGAUGCAGCCGCUGCAGGGACCCUGCCCCGCGCCUAUUGCUACGAGAUCAGCCUCACCACGGGCUCGGGCAACAGCGAGUUCAGAUUCCUCAAGCCCAUCCUGCCCAGCCUGCCCCCACAGCACUGCGCCGUGGGCCAGGGCCCCGAUGAGGAACAGGAUUUCCCCUGUGUCCCUGUCAGCAGCGAGGACAUGGCCCCAGACAAUGCUGGCACUCUCUCUGCAGGACAGAUCAACGCUCUUUCCUUUGACUAGCUGGGGUCUGCACAGACAGAGGCUUCAUGGAUCUUCGGAGGAGUGGAUCCUGGCUGGUGCAUCGGACAAUGAUUCCUCAAGAUUAUAUCGGUAUUUGCGCUUGGUUUAAGCAAUUUCUUGAAAAUUCUUUUCAAAGGUAAUGUCUACCACUCCAAAAAGAAUUAUGAAGUUAAAGUAGUCCAUCUUCUUUCGCUUUUUAAGUAGUUUGAUUCAGCUCUGUCACUGCCAUCUCUAACAGGCUUUAAGUGUGUUCUUACCACUCACUUCUCUGCUCUUUUUUUUCUUGCUGUCUGAAAAUAUAAUAAUUACAUUGCCUUUAUUUAGAGCUUUGGGAGGAUGUCAAAUCAUAUCCUCGCUGAAAUGAAAGAGGCCCAUUAUGUACUUCAUGAAAGCUCACAAGUUGUGAAUAUUGAGUCAAAAUUUCAUGAAGGCACUAGGCCCUUUCUUUCCUGGGUUUGGGUGGUCCCUUUAUGAGAUAUGCAGUCUGUGAUCUUUGCUUUCUUAUCACUACCAUUGUUCAUGCAGACACUGCAUAUCUACAGAUGCAGCAGAGAGUUGUCCCCACCCAGCCACUGCAACUCAGGCAACACCAGCUCAGGAGGGAAGGAGUUGAUUCGGACCCUUUCACAACAGCACUCUCAUCUUCCUUAUCUAGCACAGACUACAGCAACAAAAUGCACAACAAAACCUUCCUUUGGCUUUCAAGAAGGGCUUGGGUGUUCUGUCACCUCAGGAUUGCCUUGGAAGUACAGCAGAAGAGUGUUAGAGUAGACUGUAACUGAACAGAGCUGUAACAUGUAACAGAAACAUGUUCUUUGUCUUUGAAGGCAAUGAAGGAAAAAUCCACAAUUAUUGAAAGGAAAUAAUUGGAAGGUAGAGUCAAGAAAAACUGAUGAAAGAUGUUGAGAUUGCUCUGUUCAUUGUUCUUCCUGAAUCCCAAGGCUUCUUGAUAUGACUGGAAAGUUGUCUCUGCAUGAUUUUCUGUGUUGGUGUCAGAGCAUUUGCAUAUCCAUGUUUGCCCUUUCUCCUUCUGGCCAAUCAAAUAUACUGAGCACUGCACUGAGCCUGUUCCUCCAUAGAAGGACUGCUACCCCAUCUAGAAUAACUGAUUUUUUUGUGUAAUGUCUAAAAUGCACGAAAUUAUCACAAAGCCUCCCUCACGCUCCGAUGUGCUGAUGUGAUACAGUUUAAUGUUGUAAAUUGCUAAAACUCUGGGAUUAGAAACAGAAAAAGAUGAUAGACAUAAAUAAAGAGAACCCCCUG